AUGGGGCUCUGCGCGCUGCUGCCCGGCUGCGUUUCUGCUACGUUCCUGCUGGCACUGAGCGCUCUGCCCGCAGCCCUGGCUGCCAACAGCAGCGGCCGAUGGUGGGGCAUCGUGAACAUAGCCUCCUCCACGAACCUGCUGACGGACUCCAAGAGCCUGCAGCUGGUGCUGGAGCCCAGCCUGCAGCUGCUGAGCCGGAAGCAGCGGCGGCUGAUCCGCCAGAACCCGGGCGUCCUGCACAGCGUGAGCGGCGGCCUGCAGAGCGCCGUGCGCGAGUGCAAGUGGCAGUUCCGCAACCGCCGCUGGAACUGCCCCACGGCGCCGGGGCCCCACCUCUUCGGCAAGAUCGUCAACCGAGGCUGCCGGGAAACCGCCUUCAUCUUCGCCAUCACCUCGGCCGGCGUCACGCACUCGGUGGCGCGCUCCUGCUCCGAGGGCUCCAUCGAGUCCUGCACCUGCGACUACCGGCGGCGCGGCCCCGGGGGCCCCGACUGGCACUGGGGGGGCUGCAGCGACAACAUCGACUUCGGCCGCCUCUUCGGCCGCGAGUUCGUGGACUCCGGGGAGAAGGGGCGGGACCUGCGCUUCCUCAUGAACCUGCACAACAACGAGGCCGGGCGCACGACGGUGUUCUCCGAGAUGCGCCAGGAGUGCAAGUGCCACGGCAUGUCCGGCUCCUGCACGGUGCGCACGUGCUGGAUGCGGCUGCCCACGCUGCGCGCCGUGGGCGACGUGCUGCGGGACCGCUUCGACGGCGCCUCCCGCGUCCUCUACGGCAACCGGGGCAGCAACCGCGCGUCGCGGGCCGAGCUGCUGCGCCUGGAGCCCGAGGACCCCGCGCACAAGCCGCCGUCGCCGCACGACCUGGUGUACUUCGAGAAGUCGCCCAACUUCUGCACGUCGAGCGGGCGCCUGGGCACCGCGGGCACGGCCGGGCGCGCCUGCAACAGCUCGUCGCCCGCGCUGGACGGCUGCGAGCUGCUGUGCUGCGGCCGGGGCCACCGCACGCGCACGCAGCGCGUCACCGAGCGCUGCAACUGCACCUUCCACUGGUGCUGCCACGUCAGCUGCCGCAACUGCACGCACACGCGCGUGCUGCACGAGUGUCUGUGA